CGCGGAAAACGGAAAUGGAAUUGCAUGAGCGACGAAAAUCCGCCCAAUUGCUCCAAAAGUUUGCCGCACAGGCACGAGGUGAAGUGAGUCGAUUGUCGGCCUGGGCAAAAGAUCUCCGGGAUUUGGCGCGGGAUGAGAGCGAGCGCUCGAUUUUUCGGUCCCACCUACCCGAAGAGAGGCUCUUCGCUCAUGAUGGAAAGGAGCUCAAGACCUCGGCUCAGCAUGCCGUGAAAGAGAGCAACCGAUUGGCCAGAAAUCUCUUGGGUUCGAUGUUGAAAGAUCCUCAGAGUGUAGACAACAUCCAGAAAGAACAAUUUCAAUGUGAACUGGGCCGAUUGUUUCAUCGUUUGGGGGCGCUGGAAAUCCAAAAUGCUUGCCUGCAAGAGGUCGAUGAGCAAAUAGCGGAACUGUCCAAACUGGGAUUACCGUCCAAUAUUCAUGAGGACUUGAGCGCUUAUUGGACUGAUCUGGAGACCUCGGGACGACUCGUGAACUCGGCUUUGAACCCUUCAGGGAAAUUCAAAUCGAUGAGACAAAUGUUGGUGGACUUCGCACAAAAACACGUCCAAAGUCGAGCCAGCGCAGAAAACACGAAGGGGGAAAUCAAAGCUAAUGAGACGGAAAUUGCCCAAGCUCUGGAACAACUCAGGACCGCCUUCAUGACUCUCCGAAGCAAGGAUGCUCCUUCCGAUUGGGAACGCGAUAACUUUAUGAGAUGGGUAGAACUGGAGCUGGUAUUCCACUCUGGAAGAGCAGUUUUGGAAUCAUUGGAAGAAAAAAUGUUGACGGCACAAAACCACCACCAAUCCGUCAAUGAGAUCUUGGACCAAUUCACCCUGACCUGGACCCAAAAGUCGAAGGAUCUAUCCAAGCAGAUUACCAACAAAUUGAGCCAGCUGGAGAUGUUAGUUGCCGUCAAUAGGAGCUUCUUUACGGAGAGACUUCAUCCCACGGUCUUGCAGAUCGGCGAUAUCAUCCAAACCGACCUACUCCAGAAUUCGGAAUGGAAAACUAUGAGCGAUUUGAGGGACAAAUUGAGUCGACAAUUAAAGCAAUUCUUGGCUUUGCCAUCCAUUCAAUCAUUGGAAACGACAUCCAUGGCUAGAAAAGCCGGGUCACAACGGUAUCAAACCGCAAGCAUGAGCAUCCAUCGAUUGAAGCGAGAUCAUCCAUCCUUGGAAUCCGGACUCUAUCCCGAUCCGUCCAGAUUUCUGUCUCUCUCUUCUGUCCAACUUGGACGGGAAUUGUUCCAUGUCAACUUUGUCCCUCUUGGACAGAGCCCGGGAUUUCAGGUGGAAACUCGAGGACUUGCAACGUUGGAACGCCCAAACGUCUCAACAGAAGCACGAGACUGUCAAAAAACGGAUUCAAUCCAUGUUUGAACUGAUCAAACUCUUAGAAGUCCACGAAAAACGCCAAAAAGAGUCACUGGAACCGGUGUUGGCCCACGAGUUAGCCCGAUUAGAGUCCGGAACAAAGCGUAAUGGGAACAUUACCAAACGGAUCGAGACUUGGCAAUCCGAACCAGCUUCAAGUGCCAUUGCCACAGAUCCGAGUUUCCAAGUGGGAGAUUUGACCUUGCAAGCCUGGCAAGACAAAUACCGAGUCUCUCUAACGCGUUGGAACCAACUGAAUCGUUGACCCAAGUUUAAGCUUCAAGGCCCCAAGAUGAGCCUGCCUAGUAUUGGUAUAACAAUGUAUUAUUGAACUGGGAAUGUCGAGUGGUCGUUUUAAAUACAAAUUGUACAUGAUCGCUUUA